GGCGCUGCUCCACCGCUGGUCAAGUGAUAUUUAGUGGUUGCGACUCACUGAAGUCGCGGCGUCAGCUGCGCGGCAGAGACGUAUUUGCUUUUCACCGGCGGCGUGGUCGAGGACGCCAUUUUCGCUUUGGCAGUCAUCAUGCCAUGAACAGAGUUUGGCACCCGGCCAGAUUCGGGACAGAGUAUGUAUGAAUCAAAGAAUAUUGUCGUUUUGUUACCUAUUUAUCAGCUUAUGUUGUUACCUAUGGAUACAAUCUGUGAUAUCGUUUCCAUACAUUGAUUUCUCACGUUGAUAACCGAUUUACCUAAUUUACCUAUAUUUCGGAUGUUUUUCAUGCUCAUAAGUCACUUAGUGUUAUGAUUUAUGUUCAUAUUUAUGAUGUGGGUUUCUUUCUGUGUGUUUCUCAGGUUUUCUACGUUACACCUCCGUUACACCUGCGUUACACCUCCGUUACACCUGUCACCUACGCAGUUACCUAAUAGAAUCUGAAAGCUAACAACCUGUUUACCUGCCAAAGCCGUAUCAGUAGAAAACUCUCCUUGUAUCGGCCCAAUGUAGUUUUUAACCAGUGUCAUUUUUCCUGUACUAAAUAAUGCUGAAACCUGUUCCAAUUCUCAUGUAGAAUUUGUAGUUCGUAGAUGUCGCCCCACUAACCAGUCCCAGAACAUGGCGGACUCAAAUCAAGGCAACGUUGACACGACAAGAGUGAGAAAGAUGACAGAGGCUGGCAAAGCCUAUCAGCUGAGCUUGAAACAAGAUGUCUACAAGAAAUGUGAAAGGAGUCUAAUCAAGGUGGGAAAUGAGAUUGUAAAGGCACUAGAAGAAACAGAAACAAGUGGCACAAGACCAGAUGAAGCUCUUCGAACCGCCUACAUCUCAUGGAAAAGGAACUAUGUCAUGUUCGUGCAAACAGAAGCAGAUCUACGAGCUCUAUUAGAUGAAGACGCCAAGGAACCACACACAGAAGAGCACAGGCAAGUCCUCUGCAAGUUCAACGAGAUGAAACUGAAGAUGGAAAACAAACUGGAACCAACAGACCCAACACACAAGGCAGCUGUUGCUCCGUCAGCAUCAGGCAGAUCCUCAGGCUCUGUUCGCUCCCGAAUAGGUCUUCUGCGUCUGGAGGAGGGACAGAGAAGAGCAGAGUUGAUGGCAAAGGAAGCAGCUACGAAGCAACGCCUAGCCAUCGAACGACAGCAACAGGAGUUGAAGUGGAAGAUGGAGCAGCUGCAAGUAGAAGAGGAAAAGAGCAUCCUGGAGGCUAAGAGUGCAGCACUGCUGAAGUUCGAGGAAGGUGAGGGGAUGUGCGCUCAGGAGUCAACACAGCUGCUGCCAGCAACCCGUCUCAUCACCUCCACUGGUGAGACAGCACAGCUGCCGUCAGCAGGCCACUUCAACGCCUGCACCGACGAGACAGCACAGCUGCUGUCAGCAGGCCGCUUCAACACCUGCACUGAUGAGACAACACAGCUGCUGUCAACGACUCGCUUCAACGCCUCCACUGAUGCGACAGCACAGCUGCCGCCAGCAACCCACCUCAAUGUCUCAUCUGAUGCUGCAAGGGAUGUUACUGCAUCCAUGCCCAUGCUUCCUCCCUAUCCUGUUCCACAGGCUGGAGCUGUUGCAGGGCCUGGAGACAUCAGUAAUCAGCAACCUGCAAGAGACCAACUCAACCAGUCAUCCUCAGCAGUUGACGUUCUGUCAACCCUGGCGAAGCUCCUCACUGAGAAGAACAACGAGAACCGCCUGCCAGUCUUGGAGCCUGAACUGUUCACUGGUAACAUCGAGAAGUUUCCAGUCUGGAUCAAAGGGUUUGAAACCUACGUGGAACACAGAACUUCAUGCCCCAUAGAACGGCUCCACUUCUUGGGAAGAUAUACUGACGGCGCCGCCCACAGUGCAAUCGCCGGGUUCUUACAUCUAAGAACAAGCGACGCCUACACCAAGGCCAAAGAGAAAUUGGUCAGUCGGUAUGGCAACGACUACCUGCUGGCGAACUCGUACUCCAAGCGACUGCGAGACUGGCCGGUGAUCAGAGGAGGAGACAACAAGGGACUUCAACAGUUGGCAGACUUCCUGGAACACUGUCUGAUGGCCUCAAGUGCCAUUGCUGGUAUGAGGACGCUGGACGACCCGUACACAGUGCAACUGGUGCUGAAGAAAUUGCCAUACUACGUCUCCGACAGGUGGAAACGCGUCGUGGACAGUAGCGUGUUCGGGCGCUCUCCUCGGUACCCAACGUUUGCAGCGUUCGUGGACUUCAUAACCACCGAAGCUCGGAUCGCGUGCGGUCCUGUCAGCAUGCAGAUGGAAGGUGAAGCUGACACCAGGGGAGCAAGACCUCGAGGAAAGGUGCACACCUUCUCAUCGUCCGCUGAGGUCUGCAACGCGUGUGGUCAUCAGAGUAACCCAGCGAGAGAGAAGUCUGUCACCAGAAGCAGACAGUGUGUCAUCUGUGGUGCUGACCACUCAGUGACUGCAUGCAGCAAGUUCAUCAAGAUGACGCUCACAGACAGAAGACACGCAGUUGAAGAGAGGAGGCUGUGCCGAGGCUGCCUGCGACCCGGCCACAUGUGGCGUGACUGCCGCAGGAAAGAGAGGUGUUCAGUCUGUCAGCGUCUCCACCCAUCUCUGCUGCACGAUGACGUCAUCCAAAUCAAGACAAAGGAAGACACACGGAAGACAUCGCAAGCAAGAGAGUCGCAACAGCGUGCGUCCCCGGAGACGUCAGCAAAAGCGACAACAUUGCGAUCCAGUCUAGGCGACAUGCAGGAGCACAACUCAUCUCACUGUCACACAAUGAUCGUGCCAGUAAAGGUCUUCCACAGGCACCGUCCGGAGCGCGCGCUCAUCACGUACGCGCUACUGGACGCUCAGUCGGACGCCAGCUUCAUGACUGACUCAGUCUGCAAGACGCUACAAGUCAGCGGCUCAGAAGUAGAGCUGGAGCUCAGUACCAUGGCCGGCACGACAUCAUUCUCAAGUCAGUUAGUGAAGGAUCUUCGCAUCGAGAGUCUGGCUGACGGCAGUGUAACAGAUCUUCCAGACAUGUACACUCGUGCUCACAUACCAGCUGAUCGCAGUCUGAUACCGCAACCCAAAACCUGCGAGAAGUGGCCCCAUCUCCGCCAGCUUGCAGACGACAUCCACGACGAGUUCGCGGAUGCGGAGAUCGGUCUACUGCUCGGCAUUAACUGUGCCAGAGCCAUCAAGCCCAGAGAGAUCAUCCCUGGAGACAACGACGACCCGUGGGCGGUGAGAACGAUGCUCGGCUGGGGAAUAGUGGGACUCGUCGCCAACAGGGUGCAAGAGAUACGACAGUCAACCAACCCAGAACAGUGGCUCUACAUAGAGUCCAAGAUGAACCCAGCAGACCUCGCCUCUAGAGGUGCAACAGUCGCCGAGCUGAUUGAGAGCAGUCUCUGGUGGCACGGACCACCAUUCCUGACAGCCCAGCAGAACCUGCCAGUAACGAAGGAACAGUUCGGCGUAGCGGACGAAGAUCCAGAAGUCAAGCGGUCCACGUUCCAGACAGUGACCAGCCAGAAGCAAGAGAAGAAGAAGAAGAUGACGAAGGAGAAGAUGUCAAAAGAGAAGACGAUGAUGAAGGAAGUCAACGAGCUCUGCGCAUCCAGUGAAGGAGAUGAGAACCUGACGCCUGUCACACCACAAGAUGAAAGCCACAAGGUGACGGGUGAACGGUCUAAGGACAAGCAAGAUGCCGCAGAAGCUCCAAUGUCCGACCUACCGAGAAGAAUGACGUACUUCUCCAACUGGCACCGAGCCAAGAAGUCUGUAGCGCUCUGCGUACGCUACAAGCAUGUACUAGCAGCAAAAGUGAACGCCGGUCGGUGCACAACAGCAAAAGUCUACAGUCAGGAUCUACGAGUCGGCAAGCCCCUCACGGUGGAGGAGCUCCAUCGCGGAGAAACCGAGAUCUUGAAAGCAACACAGAAGGAGGCGUUUCAAGAUGAGUACGCGCUCCUUAGCACAGCAAAAAAUGAAAAGAAGUUCUCCAAGAAGUCGCGUCUCUUCCGCCUGGAUCCGUAUUUGGACAAGGACGGAGUUAUUCGCGUCGGUGGCCGGAUCAGCAGAAGCGCGAUGUCACCAGAAGUCAGUCACCCAGCGAUUCUACCUAGGCACAGUCACGUCACAGAGCUGCUAGUGAAGCACUACCACGAGAAGACGGGCCACUCUGGCCGAGGUUCGACGCUCAAUGAACUCCGAGCGGCCGGCUACUGGAUUGUCGGCGGCCGUUCUGCUGUGAGCAGCCACAUUCUGAGCUGCGUCACAUGCAAGCGGCUACGAGGCAAUCGUCAACAGCCGCCCACUAACAUACGUGUCAAGCUCUCCAGACGAAACGCUUACGCCCCUCAGCCCCAAUCAGUUACUAACUCUCAAAGGUCGAGUAGCAACCCCCUAUCCAGGGUCCUUCACCCCCGUAGACUUGUACGUCCGACAACGCUGGCGGCGGGUCCAGUUCCUGGCGAACCAGUUCUGGACGAGGUGGAGGAGGGAGAUCUUAACGACAGCGGCGAUGCAAGAGCGCCAGAAAUGGCAGCACCGGCGGCCUAACCUACGUCCGGGCGACGUCGUCUCGGUGAUGGACGACGCAGAGCCGCGGCCGCGCUGGCCGCUCGGUCGGGUUGUCAACGUGCACCCGGGCGCGGACGGCCUUGUCCGCAAGGUCUCGGUGCAGAUCGGUGGAAGCUUGAAGA